UUACAGAAUACUUUCCAUUCAUAAAGUGUCUUUGAGUUCACGGUCCGUGACGUCAGAGCCGGGUGAGCAUGGACUCUGGGCCAGAGGAGCUGAUGCCUCGGCUGUUGCCGGUGGGGGACUGCGAUUUACCAGAGGAUUUUGACCCCAAGGUGCCACCACGGACUCCACAGGAGUAUUUGAGAAGGGUGCAGCUUGAAGCUGCAAGGUGUCCUGAUGUUGUGAUUGCACAGAUUGACCCAAAGAAGCUGAGAAAAAAGCAAACUGUGAGCAUUUCGCUGUCUGGAUGCCAACCUGCCCCUGAAGGAUACUCGCCCAGCCUCCGAUGGCAACAGCAGCAAGUAGCUCAGUUCUCUGCUGCUCGUCAGAGCCUCAACAAGCACAGGGGCCACUGGCGGUCUCAACCCCUAGACAGCAAUGUUACAAUGCCAAGCACAGAGGACGAAGAAAGCUGGAAAAAAUUCUGCCUGGGUGAGAGGUUAUAUUCUGACCUGGCGGCUGCCCUCUCCAGCAACGACAAUCAAAAUCCAGGAAUUGAUUAUAUAAAGCAGGUUGGAUUUCCUCCUCUACUGAGUAUCGUCAGUCGUAUGAGUCAGGCAACUGUUACAAGUGUGUUAGAGUACUUGGUGAAUUGGUUUGAAGAGAGGGAUUUUACUCCGGAGCUGGGUCGGUGGCUUUAUGCCCUUUUGGCUUGUCUGGAGAAGCCGCUACUCCCAGAGGCUCAUUCUCUUAUCAGGCAGCUGGCACGGAGGUGCUCCCAAGUCAGAGCCGGGGUGGAACACAAAGAUGAUGAACGAGUAUCUGCUUUGAACCUGUUCAUCUGUCUGGUUGGCAGGUACUUUGAGCAGCGAGACUUGGCUGAUUGCAGUGACCCUUCGUGAUGGAAUGUGGCACCUGGACUAUAACACCUCCUCCCCCAAAUCACCAUAAAACCUCAGCAAUACCCAUCUCACUCAAUAUUCCCUCUCUGUUGGCCCUUUGUUUUGGGGGUAUUAACUUGUGGUUUCUUCACGGAACAUUACUCAUUGAACCCAGUGUUGCAUGAGUUACCCCUUCCCUGCAGAGGGCAGCCACAGCUGGCAUCCGCAGUCCAAAAGCAAAGUGACUGCCUUUUAUUUGUUUUUGUUGUUGUCUCAUUUCAAAUGUGGCCAAAGCUGGAGUGAGAUUGAAGUGCCUAAAGGGUUUUAGGAAACCAUUUUUUUCUUUUAAACCCCUCUCUGUAAUUAACCCCUUCUUUGCCAAUAUGACAUCUAAGUUAAGGGUUUGGGGAAAGAAGGGGUUAAAUGGCCUGUAGCAUGGAAAUACUGUGAAAUCUGCUACUUUUUAUAUAUGGUUUGUUCACCUUCUUGCCAAGUUCAGAGUAUGUAGAGUUAAAUCUGCCAUCUGAUCCACCAAAAUACCGUCUUCCUAUGUACAUCUGUGCUUCCUACAGUUGCUACUUCCAUUCUUAAGGUUUUGCUAAACAAUUUCUCCCUAAAUACAUUAAUUUGUGUCCACUUCUAAAAUUCAGAUCUUUAACUUCUGCAAUAGACUGUUGGACUUGUAUACCAGUAUGUUUCUACUGCUCACAUACUCCGUAACAGCAAGCAGAGUUCAUAUUUAAUUUUAUUGAAUGUGUUUACUUAUUGUUUACUGACAUUUUAUGUACAUAAAGAUUUUUUUUUUUA